UUGUGUGUGAGGCGGAUGGUACAUCUUAGACGGGUCCCGCACCACCCGGCACCCCUUCUGUCUACUGUCCCGUCACUGUCCACUACUCCACUUGCCUGUAUUUUUCACCUGCCAGUACUGUCCAUUAACCAAUGUUGUCAGAACUGUCCACCAGCCAAUACUGUCCAUCUGCCGGGUUGUCGGAACUGUCCACCAGCCAAUACUGUCCAUCUGCAGGGUUGUCUACCUGUCACUAGACUACUGUCCACCAGCCUGCCAAGUAUUGUGAAGGAGAAGCAAACAUUUGGUCUUGCUGCAGUGCUUGUUAUAUAAAGCAGACACGAUGCUUCAUUCUGUGGUGCAAAGUCUGGCAGGUUUCCACCUCAGCCAGCCAGGUUUGGGAGUAGCUGCAAGAGCAUUGAUUACCAAGGAUAUCAAGGCCAAGGCUUGUACUGGCCCCCUUCUUCAGCAAGUUCGAACAACAUUCAUAUUAAAGCGUAGAACAAAAGUUGAAUUGGCCAAAGCUCAUAAGGGACUUACCAGCAGAAGACUGAAGGCACGCCAUUUUGUGUAUGACUUGGUUGAAGCCACAAAUAGCAGGAAACAAGACCCAGUCAAAGUAAUUCUCAUGGACUCUGUAGAUGGUUUGGGUUCUAAAGGACAAGUAUUGGAAGUGAGACCCAACAAGGCCCGAAACCAGUUGUUGUUGCCAGGCAUUGCAGUGUAUGCCUCGCCCGAAAAUGUAGAGAAAUAUUCUACAUUGAUGAUUGAGGCCUCUAAAGAAGAAGACCAGCCAUCAUCACAAUAUGCUCGUCAGACGGCAGAACAGUUGUCAUUGCAAGUCAUCUCGGUUAGUAUGAACUUGAAAAAUCCAUGGCAACUUGAACGAUGGCAUGUGCGAGUUGCCUUUCGUAAAGCUGGGAUUUAUUUACCAGAUGAUGCGCUUACACUCCCUUCCGAGCCCAUCAUUGGCCCAGAUCUCAGCCUGCAGGGCAAGGAAUUCGUGGUCAGAGUAAAGAUAAAUAAUAAAGAAGAAACACCAGUUCGGUGUCGAAUUAAUCACUAUGCGACUAACCCACGCGAUCGACUACCCUGGAUAUAUCACCACUGGGAGCUUCCAGCUGAGCCUAUCUUUCCAGAGGAGGCUCCUAUUCUUCAAGAGCUCACAAAGAAAUAUCCUAAGCUCCGCACUCUGGAAGAAGAAGAACUCUAAAAAUUGUUGUGUGUGCAAGUUCUUUCAUAACCAGUUGGCAAAAAAAGUCUAAAUGGAAGUAAUGCUAAAUAUUCUUUUAUUUUAUUCUAUUAGACAUUUGGUUACAGUAUUAGCACAGUUUGUAAGUGUUUUGCAAUAGUUGUGCAAAAUAUUUUCCCUAUAGUCAUCAUUAUAUUUCAAAUAUUGAGUGGUAAACAGUCACUGACAUUUUUCAUUAGAGUUGAGAAGUGCAUUGAUAAAUUGAUCUUAAGCUUAGUAAUGAUCGACUGUCUGAACGGUGGGUUACAUUCUUGUCUGUAUUUGUCAUCAUAAGCUCAGCAUGUUGACAGGUAAAAACUGUAAGUAAUUAUAAUUCAGUUUUACAUUAUAUAUUACAGUAGUAGUUUUGACAAAGGCUAACUGGAAUGCACUCGACUAAAUAUACAGACAUGACGUUUUUGUAAUAUGUCAUUGUAAAGGUAACUUUGCACACUUAACAGUGCACAACUGUAACAAAAAGAAAAACAGCAGCUCUGUUCAUAGAAUAAAAUCAUAUAAAAAUUCUUCCUGAAGGAAAUAUGCUGUACCAAUAGUGUUAAUGUUUUAAUUUACAGUAUAUGUAAUGUAAAUACUUUUUAAUAAAAUGUACUGGCAA